AUGGCAGAUCCAAACGCGCAUUCAACCGAUGCAACAACAACUAAUGAAUCAACAGCAUCUACGGAUCCAACAACCACCACAAACGAUCUAAGAAUGAGUGAUCUUGAAAAUAAUUAUAAUAAUAAUAAUCAACCUCAAUCAAAUACCACUUUGUUUUCUGAUGUCACUCCUGCCAGUGCUCGUCCAGAUCCACCCCCAUCGGGAUCUAUUCAAAUCUAG